CAUCUGAACAGUCAGUUUAUGUUUCCUUUCUAGAAGGCGGAAAUGUAAACAACCAGUUUGUUUGGAUUUGGAGUCCAAUUUCAAAAAUACGCUGUUCGGCCCUGUUGCAGUAUCUUAGUUUUUUUGACAAUGUUGUGAGAUAACUUUGACUUUUUCCUUGUUAAAUGGCCGAGGUUCACAUUAUUGGUCAAAUUUUGAGCGCAACUGGGUUCCCCAGCCAUAAUUUGUUUUGCAAGUGGGGUAUACAUGCAGGUGCGGGUUGGCGAGUUAUUGAAGGACUAACAGAUGGUCAGACGCAUGUUGACAACCCUUCUUGGCAAGAUAUAGCUGUUUGGAGUCACCCUAUCGAUGUACAUUUUGCCACCAAAGGUGUUCAAGGUUGGCCCAAGAUUCAUCUCCAAGUGUACCAUUAUGAUAAGUUUGGACGCAGUGAAGUGUAUGGAUAUGGGUUUUGCUACAUUCCAACAUCUCCAGGAACCCACAAAGUUGAUGUUGUGACAUGGAGACCAAUCGGAACUCUUGCUGAACAAUUUAGACAACAUUUUCUUGGUGGUGGUGCUCAACUGAAGACGCCUGAUCUUGUUCACAAUUCUACCGACCGCUACCGUUUACAAACAGAAACUAUGGGCUCAGUACAUCUUGAAAUCUCUGUCAUUCUCCGAAACUUUGCUAAAUUCGGAGUUGAAACAUAA